GUUAAAUUCUUGUAGACGCGUUUCGACGCAUUCGUUAUGUCACAUUUUCAUUCUCGAUUCUUCUGACAACUACGAGAAAGAACGAUGGCGUUGAAAAGCAAAUAUGCGGACGUAUCAAUCCCCGAAACCUUAUCUUGGCCGGAUUUUGUAUUUAGAGACUUCGAGAAGUAUGGGAAUCAAACAGCUAUCGUAAGUCGUUCAGCGAGGAAUAAAUUUAUCCUCGGUAAUAACUAUAGAGCUAUUUUUAUCUUUCAACUUUAAUCUCGGUGUUCGUGACUUCGUCUUUUAUUCCACACAGGUAUUCUGAGCGGCAGAAGAGCCACUAAACAUAUUACACAAACAGAUAAAUGUGUGAACUUAAUUAUGUCAAAGAAAGAACUGUCCUUUAUGAUUCAUUCACUAAAUGGACCGACAAAUUUAUCUGUUUCGUUUAUUUGUAUUUCAAACAUGUUUCUACUUAGGGAAAAUUCUGUUUCGAGUUCCAUUUUCGACUAUGGUCAUCUUUUUUAAUCAAUUACCCAGAAACGCGGAAGUUAACUUCAUAAUAAAUAAAACAAAAUAAAACGACAUUGAAAUUUCAGCGAAAAUCACUCAUCAACACAUCGAGUCCAUGAGGUCACGAAGAAGCCAAAACGUGUUUACUCCGUCACGUUCCAAUCGAAACUUAAGGGUUUGUAUAUCAAAUUUUUGUCGAUCAAUGUUCAGAUUUCAAUAACUUGGUGAGUUUCGGAAAUUUACCUUUCUUGGCACGAAGUGUGCAGAGAGAGGCCACUGUACAAAUGCUGAACUACUAACACUCACAACAGAGUAAAAGGUGCCCUUUGUUUAUUAACAAUAUUUAGUAUGGAUUCUUCAAGAUCUAAGCACAGGAUAUAUUGACGCAUAAACGAGGCUUGUAAAUAAAGCGUCAUCAUCAGUUUUCAGUUAUCGAAUGUAAUCACGCAAGUUUGACACCAAUAUCCAUAUAACUACUUAACAGAAGUUCUCGAACUGAUAAAAGAUGUAUUUUUUAUGAAGAUGCCGCUUUUGUUUGAGGGCUUUUUCAUGCAUAACAGGGCCAGCAGGAGACACGUUCUCUCAUCGUGAAACUGUAAAACUUUUCUCUCGAUCGAUCGACUGUAAUGAGUAUUAUAUUGCUGACGUGUCCUAAGUUGACAAUCUAGUAGCAAAGUAGAAUUUCCACAGGAUAUCUAACCUGACCACGAAAUCAAGGAGGGACUAUUUAAAUUGAAAGCACUGAUGGAGGGUGCUUUCGAAAAUGGGUUUAGUGUAUACAGUACCUUAAGAUUGCUCCAUAAAUCAGCCAACCAUUCUUUGAGUGGCGAGGUAUCAAAAGCGUUUGUUGUUGAGGGUGGUUAUGUUAAUAAUUUCAACAAUGUUAAUAAUUGCAAUGUUAAAACAAUUCUUGAUCCCAGGAGAGAUCUACUUUUCACGAUUAGGAGAGAAGCAAAACUGUUCCCCCAUUCCACUCCAGCUAAGAACUCGCCAAUCAUUCGUACUUUUCCCGAUCUGAAAACUCGCUCUUUCUUUUCCAUCAUUCUUGAUAUUUUUCUCGUAGAUAUGCGGCGCAACCAAACGCGAAUACACGUUUUCACAAGUAAGGGAUUUGAGCAGAAGAGUCGCCUCGGCUUUAAGCAAAAGAGGACUUCACAAGGGAAAUGUGGUUGCCCUGUUUGCUCCAAAUGUUCCUGAAUUUCCCAUUGUAUUCCUUGGAGCUCUUCAAAUUGGCGCGGUCGUGACCGGUGUCAAUCCAUUCUUCACAACCGAAGAACUGACCAAUCAGCUCGAAGCAGCUGACGCAGUAUGUAUCAUCACUGUUCACCAAUUGGAACAUCGGGCAAAAGAAGCCGCGAAGAAACUGGGUAUAGACCACAUAUUUGUUCUUGGGGAUGACGUUGAAGAUGAGUAUGACUUGGUUUCAAUCCUUUUCAAUGAUGACGGGUCGAGUUUGCCACACGUCACGUUUAACCCAAAAGAGGAUUUAGCAAUUCUUCCGUUUUCCAGUGGGACUAGCGGUCUUCCGAAAGGCGCCAUGGUAACACAUUAUAACUUGGUUGCUCUGGGCUGCAUUGCGACUGCACAUGGCUUUAUGGAUUUUAAACAAAUUACUACAGAGCAAAAGAAUUCUACUACUCUAGCUUUUGUUCCAUUUCACCGCCCUUUCGGCCUAAUAGCUGUUCUGUCUCUCAGUUUGCAACAAGGAAGUUGCUUAGUUUCAGUGCCAAGAUUCGAACAAAACAGAAUAUUUAACCUUUUGCAGGAUUACAAGGUAAAGCAUUUUUUCGGUUUUGAGACUUUUUAAUACAAUCGUAGCUGUGAGUGGGUAAAAAGUUUUUCCACUUUCCUCUUUCAAUUGGAUCUUAUCAGUGACUCAGCCUUAUUUCCAGGCGUCUCUCCUUCCUCAUUGUUUGUGCAAAGUCUGGGAAGAUUGAGCGGAUAAAAACGUUGUUGUCGCCGAGAGACGUUCCCUUAAUUAUUUCACGACAAACGUCACGGCUCGGUUUUUACUGAGCGAGGCCUGAAGGGGUUUAAGUUUAAUUUACCACCCCAACAAGCUCGCCACCACCGAGAGUCAAAUCGCCACCGGUGGCGAUUUGACUUCAACGUUAUGUGUAGCCAGUUGUAUGAAUCAAAGGAAAGCUAAGAUAUAAUAGUAUAUUGCGAAAAGGGAAAGGGACUCAUAAAUUAUGUGUAGCCUCUCAAUUAUGGCACGUUAAUCCUUAAAUGCCACAUAAAAUAUCCAUCACAUUGUAAUACCGCAGACGCACCUUAAAGCCGCACGUCAGGGAAAAACCACCGACAUGCUAUUUAUUAUUCUAAUACACUGUGUUUGUGCGCAUUUUUAAUUUCGCAUCAUUAAAACCAAAUUAAACUUUAAGGUCUAACCUUUCAUAUUACAUAAGUUUCAUUAGAUUUGAUUACGAAAUGCGUUCAUAAGAAAGAAACUCGUGUUACAGGUUGCGUCCACAUUCUAUGUGAUUAACACAAAGGAAGGAAGUCAAGUCCGUUUCUGUAAACUUCGCUGUGUUUGUCGCAAUAUACUACUGCACCUUAGCUUUCAUUUGUUGUAAAUUCAUGCGGUCACAUCGGCGGAAAUCAUUUAGCGAAAAUCACCUUGGUUUCGCUUUCCGCAAACUGAUCAUAAUCUUCGGGAUAUCAACAUGUUUUAUUGCAUUUAACGGUUUACGUUCUAUAAUUGAGAGGUUACACAUAACUUCUGAGUCCUUUUCCCUUUUCGCAAUAUACUACUACAUCUUAUCUUUCCUUUGAUGUAAGUUACAAACGACAGGCAACACAAAUCACCUCAGGUGGCGAUCUGACUCUCAGUGGUGGCGAGUUUUGUGGUGGCGAAUUGAGCGGAUACCCUUGAAGGUUUAGACAGUUCCAGGCCUUCCGCUCCCGAUUCCUGCCGAGGCCAUUGUUCGUCAAAUAAAAGCAUCCCCACACACAUCUUUUCUUUUUUUCUAACAGGUGACACUUCUCGUAACCGAGGCGUCAGUAGUGCAUCUCCUUUCCAUCCAUCCAGCAGUAAAUAACACCGAUUUGUCGUCACUAGCGGAGGUGAUAUCCACCUCGUCAUUACUAAGCAAAGAAACGUCCAAAAGUGUCAGGAAACGAUUACCUCACCUCAAAAGAAUCAAUCAGUGUAAGUGAAACAGCUCCUUGUCCUUAAACAAUAUUAAACUGGUCCAUAUCCAGAGUUGUAAGACCGUUCGUUAAUAAACAAAAGUUUGAUCUGUGGAAAAGGCGUACUAACGAUAAAUCUUGGGUAAGGACUGAGAAUACAAUUUUUAUGAUGUGGUCGCAAAGACAAGCAGUAGCAUUCCUAGGCCUCUAACCGAUGCCCGAAAAGCUGCAGAAUUUUCUAUUGCUUAGAUAUUUUCAGAGAGGGGGAAACAGUGGCAUGGUGCUGUACUAUGAGUAAUAAAUUGAUUGUCCUUUUCAUAGGGCCACAAAUUCUCAGAUUGCGUUUCAAUCAGUCAAGAAGUGAAUUUAAGGAUAAUUGAUAAAUGAAUGUAUUGAAAUGAAACAUAAAACAAUGUUUCAGGUUACGGCAUGACAGAAAACACAGCACUGAGUCACAUGACUCCCUCGCUGGAGGAGAGGCAUGGUUCUGUUGGAGUAUUACUUCCCAAUCUCGAAUGUAAGGUAAAGGACUUGCUUAAGGCACCGAUCAUUUUUCACCGAUCAUUACUUAUUACCUUGUGGGGUUCGGAAGACUUUGUUUGUGUCACAUAAAAAUUUACCCGAUCCCUCCAUAAGGCUCUGCAACAUUCUUAUGAUUCUUCACCCCCUCCUAAACUUGGCAGUCCCCCUCCUAAACUUAGCAGUCAAUUAUGGCCUUCAAUUAUGAUUGGUUCCUUACGUGGUACGGAAAGCAGGCUAACAGCUGUGUGCUCAUCUUAUUUUAUCAUUGUUUGUUAUAUCAAGUAACAAUAAUUUUUUUGAGUUAAGGUGUGCGAUGUAUCGACUGGCCAGGUUCUUGGGGCUGGUGAACGAGGAGAGAUUUGUGUCAAAGGUCCGACAAUGAUGAAAGGUUAGUCGCAUCAUGCUGUUACAGCGUUGAAGUGGAAUUGCUCAUUUAAAAGAUAAUUUUACCACGUAUUUUGAUUUAAUGUUUUGGAAACCAAGGAAAAGUUAUUACAUCUUAAGAGGAGCCAAUGGGAAAUGCGAGUUACCUAGUCGCCACGUCUUUAAAACUCGCACUACCCCAUCAAAUAAUUGGACCAAUUACAAAGGGAAAGGAAAUGAGACGAGGGCCAUUUCGAAUUUCUUUAGAAAGCCAAUAAUAAAUGACUUUCUUGGCUGAUUGACAGGUUAUCUGAACGACCGAGACGCUUCACAACAAACUAUUGACGGCGAAGGCUGGCUUCACACGGGAGAUUUGGGUUACUAUGACCAAGAUGAACAUUUCUUCAUCGUGGACAAACUCAAGGAUUUGAUCAAGUUCAGAGGAGAUCAGGUCGGUUUUCUUAAUUCAUGUCAGUCAGGGAAUAUCGUCAAAUAUGUGUAACGUAGGAAAUUGUGGGCGUGACCUCCUUAAGUGUACACGCAAUGCAUUGAAAAAUACUUGGUACAGUAGAAAGCAUUGUAUUUGAAACGUAGCCGAUAAGAAUCUUGUAAUUGGAGAACGGGCACGAAUGGAUAGUGCUUCAGCUUGCCUUGCCUUCAUGUGCGUCACGCGUGGUGGUACGUGAGCUGUUCGUGUCCUCGUAGAGAUUCCGCUACGUUUUCUCUUUGUUUUUGAUUUGCCGUAGUUUAUUGAAAUUUUUUAAACUGAUUUGUCUCUCUCGACUUAUUGCCCAACACAGUAUCUUACAAUAAAUAAAUGAAUAUAGAGAACCUGAAUUUGUAAGCGCUCUUCUUUUCAAUCAGGUGUCUCCUUCAGAGCUCGAAGUUCUCCUCAAGACCCACCCGGCCGUAUUUGACGCAGCUGUUAUUGGGUUCCCAGACCCUGAAGUUGGAGAAUUGCCUACAGCUUUCGUUGUGAGUAUGAACGAAGAAGAUUUGACUGAAAUGGAAGUUAUUCAAUACGUGGACGAGAAUGCAGCAACUCACAAAAAACUUCGAGGAGGUGUAGUGUUUAUUAAUUCGAUUCCCAGGUCUGAGGAAGGAGAAAUCCUUCGAACAAAAUUAAGAGACAAAAUGAUUCAAGGAAAGUACAAACCAGUACAGAUGAGAAGAGGGUCGCUUUUUGGAACCGAGGAAAACAAAAGAUUUUCUAUAAUGAGAAACUCUUUACCGAUGACUAGGAAUUUACCACGAAACAAUGAAACAAUUCUGGAGGAAGAAUCCGAUCAAUUGCAAGUUCCAAGAUCAAAAAGCUGUGUUAUAUUAUGAAAGGAACUCGUGCCCUCUUACAUGAAUAACAGAUAAUGCCGCUGGAUGGUGUUAAUGCAUUGAUCAUAAAGGCUUCAUUUGGCCGCGGUUUCUAUUUCAGGAAUAAGGAAAAGCCUUUAAAUGUCAUUCAUUAGAUUAAAAUUUUUCCCUGAAGUUCACAGGUUCCCAUUUAUACUGCGACUGCUCUUUCUUUAAGGAUUUAGUCU